AUGGGGCGUAGGUCCGGCUCCCAUUCAGAAUCUGGUGUAAAAACCCAAGGUCAAGUCCAAAGCGACGAAUUUUUUAUUUCGAAAAAAUCCAAGAAACAAAAAUGUUCUGCCCGUUUGCAGUCCCGCCUCGUGGAUUCUUCAGCCGUUGGUAAAUCUGAAACACUUAAUGUGAACCAGCGAGGGGGACACGUUGAUUUUAACGAAGCACCCAGUAAGCGAAGCUGCGGUAGCAAUGGUGAUGUAUCCGUGGUACACGAUAAUGCCACACCUUUCGGAUCGAAUGAUGUGACAGAAGGUCGUACUAUAUUUAUCAGGAAUUUAACCUUUGACGCAGACGAAGAAAGUUUGCAUCAGUUCUUCGCUAAUUUCGGGGAGAUCGAAUUCGCGAAAAUAGUGAAAGAUAAACUAACACUGCAUUCUCGAGGAACUGCUUUUGUAAAGUUUAAAUCGAAGCAGGACGCAGAAACAGUUCUUAUCCAGAGUUCAAAAGCGGAGCAUGCCCACCGGUUCGUUUUCGCCGGCAGAUUACUAAAUUUGUCAUUGGCCGUCAGUAGAGAUGAAGUUUCUAAGCUGCAAAAGGCCCGUUCCGGCGAGGAGCCCGCAAGUGUCGGUUGUUUCGGUGGGAGGAACUUGCACCUUGCACGCAUUGGGCUUAUUCGUCCUGGAAGUCGAGCGGCCGAGGGCCUGACUGCAACGGAGUUAGCAAUGCGGGAGUCCGUGAUUCGCACUAAACAAGCCAAGUUGCGGAACCCCAGUAUAUUUAUCAGUCCGUUGCGUCUUUGCCUUCGCAAUAUUCCUCUGGAUGUGGACAACAAAAAACUCCGCCGGGCUUGCCAAAAAAUUGCUGGUUCGGGAGCGCGCAUAACUGAGUGUCGCGUAAUGCGGGAUAUAAAAAGUGGAGCACAGAAUCCAAAGUCGCUUGGUUAUGCGUUUGUUGCGUUCGAGGAACACAAGGACGCUCUUAAGACUCUUCAAGUGCUUAACAAUAACAAUGGUAUCCUUGGUGGUAAUAGGAAACCCAUCGUGGAAUUCUCUUUGGAAAACUCAAAAGCCCUUGAAAAGAAGCGACGGCGCGCCCUAAAGUCUCAAAAGCACACCUUGGUGAUAUUUCUCAUUGCUGCUUCUGUCCAGUUUUUCCGUGCCUGUGCUGCGGAUGGACAAUGUAUCUGGAGGGGCCUGUGCAACAAUACGAAGGAUGAUGAUGCCCUGUAUUGCUACAAACCUGGUCCACCUCAGUCAAUAUCCGAUGCUUCUCUAACAAAGCUUCUCCAAGCCUGUCCUGAGUAUACAAACCCACAGACGAGUAAUGCUUCUCUGCCGGUUUGCUGCUCAUCUGAUCAGGUUGAGGUGUUUACGAGUUCACUUCAGCAGGCUAAAUUGAUCUUAGGAAGUUGCCCUUCCUGCUUCGCCAAUUUUCGCCGCCUCUUCUGUGAAAUGACUUGCAAUCCUUCACAGAGCAGUUUUCUUUCAGCUACUGCUGUCCGUUCUGAUCACGCUAUAACUGAAGUGAAAUACGUCCUUACGUGGGCCUUUGCUAACGGGUUCUAUGACAGUUGCGCGAACGUCCAAUUUGGAGGAACGCGCGCAAUUUCAAUUAUCUGUGAUAGCAGUGACUGCAACGCGGAGAAACUGUUGAAGGCGCUGGGAAAGUCGAAAGGCAGUGGUGGUCUCGCUCCCUUUGGCAUCAAUUUCACUCUCGUUCAAAACCAACUUCAUUACUCACCAAUGAAUGCCCCGACAUACGCCUGCAACAUGAGUCUACCCGCGCUGGGACCGAAUCCUAGUCAAAGCGCAUGUGCCUGCUCAGAUUGCCCCGCUGCUUGCCCUCCACCCGACUUUCCUACACCAGAUAAACAAAUUUACGUAUUUGGCUUUCCCCUGUCGUGGCUCCUCGUUGCGGUGUUAUUUGUAGUGGGCUUCUCAGCCUUCACGGUCUGGCAGGUGUUCGUGUGUCGACGCAACCGCCGCCUGGCACACGAGGCGAGCCGUGGGGACACCGAAUUGCUCAUAUCGACUCCCACGGCGGAGGCCAGUGCAGCCAAGCGGGCGAAUUGGCAGCGACAACUCGGAGCUGCAGUUGACCGCGCGCUCUUCAAAGCUUUCUCUCGCCUGGGACUGGUUAUUGCUCAGCACCCGAUUGCCACUCUUCUUUUCUUGGCCAUAAUUAUUGCAUUUCUUUGUGGCGGGCUCACAAUGUUCACUGUAACGACAAAUCCGAUUGAAUUGUGGAGCGAUCGCGGGUCGCGGGCUCGCCAGGAAAAGGACUACUUCGAUGCUCACUUUGGUCCAUUUUAUCGCAUCGAACAGCUCAUUUUGCGGCCUGCAAAUCGCACUCCUGUGAAAAAUGGCACCUUUGGACCCGCUUUUAGAAAAGACUUUUUGGACAAAGUCCUCGAUCUCCAGCUGCGAGUGGCCAAGGUGGUGGCUUACGAUGCGGAAACCAAAGAAAAUGUUUUCCUCGCCGACAUCUGCUUCAAGCCCAUGGAGCCGGAAGUUAAGGAGUGUGGCGUAACCAGCCCUCUGGAGUACUUCCAGCACAAUGCAACUCUCUUCAACUCUUCUGACUACCUUCUGCACUUGGAGGAGUGUACAGGCAGCGUUCUCAAGGCCAACUGUCUGGGAUCUUCUGGGCUUCCUCAAAUGCCAAACGUCGUAUUCGAAAAUUAUACCAAAGCAGAGGCCGCUGUGAUAACCUUCUUAGUACGGAACAGCGCCGAGCCAAAAUCACCGCAAAUCACCAAAUGCCUUGCUUGGGAGUCGGCCUACCUUGAGGCUGUUCGUGAGUGGAUGGACUCCAACGGCAAAGAUGUUAUCGUGAGCUACAGUGCCGAGCGAUCCGUGGAGGAUGAAAUCAAGCGUCAGUCGGAUGCCGAUGUACAGACCGUUCUCAUUAGCUACGUCGUAAUGUUCAUCUACGUGAGCCUCUUUCUGGGAGCCUACACCAACUGUCGGAGCGUGCCAGUCGACCUGAAGGUAACUCUCGGUUUGGGCGGUGUGUUGAUUGUCCUCGCGUCAGUGGCCGCCUCAGUCGGGCUUUGGAGUUACGUGGGUGUUCCCGCGACCCUCAUCAUAAUCGAGGUGGUUCCCUUCCUGGUCUUGGCGGUCGGCGUGGACAACAUCUUCAUCCUCGUUCAAGACUACCAGUUGGCUGAAUUUCGCUCCUCCCAACUCAGGCCUCGCGUUCAGGAGCCCGAGGGAGCCGAAGGCGAGGCGCUUCUUGCCGGCGCUCGUGACACCCAAUGCCACUUGCGAAGUGACGUUCAUGCAAGAGUCGCGCAAACCCUCGGCCGUGUGGGUCCCUCGAUGCUUCUCUCAAGCGCAGCCGAAUCUGUGGCCUUCUUCUGCGGUUCGAUGACCACAAUGCCCGCGGUUCGAGUCUUCGCGCUUUACGCAGGCGUCGCUCUGGUCAUCAACUUCCUUCUGCAGCUUUUCGCCUUCACUGCCCUCCUCACACUGGAUGCCAGGCGCGCGGCGGUCAGUCGCUACGCUUUGCCAUAUGCUCGCAAAUGGGAUGUGCUGUGCUGUGUCAAAAGCCGACCAGAGAACAGUGGUACCGCUACUGUCGAACCUAAUCCAACCUCCACUGGUCCUAGUGAACAGCAACCGGAGGAGCCCCAAGAAGGCAACUCAGCUGGUUCAGGUGUGAACAGUGAAAAUCCAGAAUACGCUGCGGUUUCUGGGGGCACGUGGUUAUACCAAGCCGUGUCACGCUGUCUCUCCCCCGUUAUUCUCUCUAAGUGGAUCCGACCAAUUCUCAUGGUAGUGCUGUUUGCAUGGAUUUGUAUAUGCGUCGCCCUGGUUACAACAAAUCUGGAGGUGGGACUGGACCAGCGUCUUUCCAUGCCGUUGGAUUCCUACGUGCUGGACUACUUCGACGCGAUGGCGCAAUAUCUCGCCGUAGGCCCGCCGGUGUACUUUGUGGUCACGCGCGGUCACAAUUACACCUCGUGGACGAGCGGACAAAGCCAGGUGUGCAGCGUGUCUGGCUGCCCCAACACGUCCCUCCCAAAUCUCGUCAGCGUCUACUCCAAAUAUGCCCAACAGUCAUACAUCGCUUCUCCUCCCAUGGUGUGGAUUGAUCAAUACUUUAACUGGUUCGACCAAGACGAUAAACGAAUGCGCUGUUGUCGGGUGCUGAGAAAUAACACCGACAUCUACUGUAACUCAACCGACAAUGUCUCCGAUUGCGUAGCCUGUGGUGCAAUAGGCCCGAAAAAGCCAGCGGGGGAAGACUUCAAUCGGUUUAUCAUGCAUUUCCUCCAACAACUUCCCGACGCCAGCUGUCCAUUUGGCGGAAAAGCAGCUUUCUCAUCGGCUGUUGAAACGCUGCCGGGCGGUAACACGACUAACGUCUCCGUAGGGGCUACACACUUCAUGACCUAUCACACUGUGCUUCGUGAGCCUCACGACUACGUCGAGGCUCUCCGGGUUUCUCGCUGGAUUGCCAAAAAUCUCACAGAUAGUUGGAAAAAUUCGUCAAGUCCAAAUCUGUCUGAUCCCCUCGCUGAUAACAUUGUAUUCCCUUAUAGCGUGUUUUACGUAUUCUAUGAACAGUACAUUGGGAUUUUGCACCAAACAGCAGUGCAACUCAGUGUCUGCUUGGCGGCAAUUGCGGUGAUCACGCUGUUCCUUCUGGGUCUGAAUUUCGUCGCAACCUUCAUUGUCUUCCUCGGUGUCGCGUGCAUCGACAUUAGUUUGCUGGGUCUGAUGAGCAUGUGGAACAUCAACCUCAAUGCAAUCUCUCUUGUUAAUUUAGUUGUGUGCACUGGUAUUGCCGUUGAAUUUUGCUCCCAUAUUGUUCGGGCCUACACUCAAAGCUGCGGAAAGACUCGAAUUAUGCGCGCUCACGAAGCUCUCUCGGAAAUGGGUAGCUCUGUGCUUCGUGGAAUCACACUUACCAAAUUAGGUGGCAUAGUUGUAUUGGCCUUCUCCAAUUCUCGUCUUUUCCAAGUCUUCUACUUCCGAAUGUACCUUGGGAUGGUUGUUUUUGGCGCUCUCAUUGGCAUCAUCUUCCUACCAGUCAUUUUAAGCUACAUCGGGCCAUCGUUAAAUCCUUUGCUUGUUAAUGACAAGAAACAUCAUGAAAAUGAGGAUUUUGAAAAUCAACCCGAUGAAACCGCUGCCACAUCUGGCAGGGAGUCUCCCAUAACGAGUCCUGCGAAUAACGAAGGAGAAAAUCAGUUCCAAGCUACCGGUAAAAAGAACUAUUGUGUGGACAGUCGUCCGGCCUUAUCAGUUCCUGGUGACCUACGUACCACAUGUGAAUCUGAUAGUCCUGUGCAGUGCUGCAACAAAGAGCAGUUAGAAAAGCUUUCUGAUAGCCUGUACAUGUUAGCCUUCGUUGUCAGAGACAAUACUGAUAAUCCCACGUGUUAUAAUGGGCUUCGACAAAUAUUUUGUGAUAUGACGUGCAGUCCAAGGCAAUCAGAACUGGUGACUGUCACUGGAAACACUUCAAAUGGAUCUGUGACUUCUAUCGACUUUUCGGUAUCGCUCAAGGAGGCGCAACGCAUUUUUAAUGCCUGUGCACAAAUUGAGGACUUUUUCCUGGGCAAGGCGAUAUCUGUUAUCUGCAACCAAGAAGACUGCGACAUGAAGACGUUCUUUCGUAGUCUGGGCACCCCGGAGGAGCAGGGCGGCAGAUCGCCCUACGGAAUCAACUUUGUCUUCACGGACGACAUAGCAGCUAACACAUCCAACAAACAAGAUGAAUCUGUAAAUACUUCUCCUAACAAUACAGACCAGUUACCAGCAGAGCAUUGGGAACUAAAGGAAUCCGCUGACCAGCAGUCCCCAGUUAAUCCGCGUGCGGUUGAAGAGCCCGCACCGGCAGGUGACCCAGUUCCCGUGCGCCGAGUUUACGACCAGCCCCUGGGGCUGGCAAUGCUGCUGACGUUUUUGGGGCUGACGCUGUUCUUCCUUGCUGGACUCGCGAUCCGGUGGUGUGUCGAGCGACAGGCGGACGACAACGUCGUCGGCUCCUACUCCCCACCUAUUGGCUGCUACUCUAAAGUCGGUGCCACCAUUCAAUUUGGAUCCACUUGGCUGUUUGCUCGUCAGGGUGCCCUGGUUGCCCGGUUCCCAAAGACAACCCUUCUGUUGACUUUCCUUAUGCUGGCGAUCAUGUGCUGCGGCUUCCUCCGGUUUCGUGUCACCACUGAUCCUGUAGACCUCUGGAGCGACCCCAAGUCCAGGGCUCGUCUUGAAAAGGCCUACUUCGACGAGCAUUUCGGGCCUUUUCAUCGGACAGAGCAACUUAUAAUCAGGCCAAUCAACUCGACCCCAUUCGUCAGAAAUGGUCAGAUCUACGGCCCUGUCUUCGGCAAGCAAUUUCUGCAAGCGGUGCUCGAUCUUCAAACAAAAGUGGUCCAGGUGAGGACCCGCUUCGGGGAAUUCGGUGGCGAGGUCAAACUGACGGACAUAUGCUACAAACCACUUGAGCCAGUAUCGGAAGAAUGCGGUGUUUUCAGUCCGCUGGAAUACUUCCAGAGUAAUGCGACGCUUCUUGAUGCCGUGAGCGACUCGAAGGACUACCUCGACCAUCUCAAAUUUUGCACCAAGCUGAUAGCCGCCGACAACGGUCCUCUGGGUAGCUGCCGCGGCCGUUCAGGCGUACCAAUGUUUGGCAAUGUCGUUUUUGGCGGUAUCAAAGAGGACAAUUACAUGGAGGCCUCGGCGGUGGUCAUAACCAUUUUGGUGGAGAACGCGGUCGACCACGACUCCACAAAGGUGCGAAUGGCCAAAGCCUGGGAAGGCGAAUUCAUCAAGACGGUCCUAGCCUGGCGCGAAGCUCAUCCAGAUGUUGUCGUCAAUUUCGCUGCUGAAGUUGACCUCAAAAUAUCGCUGAGCAUCGGAGGUGUCUCGAUCGUCCUGGCCUCCAUCUUCUCCUCCAUCGGCCUGUGGUCUUUUGUUGGGGUCCCGGCGACCCUUAUAAUAAUCGAAGUCAUCCCCUUUCUCGUGUUGGCCGUCGGCGUGGACAACAUUUUCAUCAUGGUGCAGGACUUCGCGAUGCACGAGGAGGAAGGGGAGGAGGAGGAGGAGGACGAGGAGAUAUUUGGAAGUCAAGACAGCCUCACCGACGGUGAGAGGGACGGUGCAAGUCGGCGACAAAGCGGCAAACACGCCAGUGGCACACAAAGGAGUUCGGUGGAGAUGCGCAUCUCAAAGACCAUGGGUCGUGUUGGACCCUCCAUUUUUCUCUCCAGUCUGGCUGAAUCAGUAGCAUUCUUUUGUGGUGCUAUGACAGACAUGCCCGCCGUACGGGUCUUCGCGCUCUACGCUGGCGUGGCUAUUGUCAUCAACUUUGUCCUCCAAAUUUUCGCAUUCACAGCUCUCAUGACACUUGACGCGAAGCGCACGGAAUUAAACAGACUAGACUUGCUGUGCUGUUUGGAGUUGGUAAUGCCGAAUGAAACACUCACCGACGAGGAUGAUGCCGUACCCGAUUCCACCAGUCUUAAUAAACGCAGGAAAGGGAAACGAAAAAGGGAUCGCCCAUGGCUCUACCGUUUUGUUGCCCACGUUCUCGCGCCGUUCAUCCUCUCCAAAUGGGUUCGUGCUUUCCUCUUCAUUGUCUUCCUCGGUUGGAUCUGCUUCUGCAUCGCCAUCAUUCCCGGUGGCAUUCGAAUAGGCCUGGACCAGAAACUCUCAAUGUCCCUCGAUUCAUACGUACUGGAGUACUUUGAGGCCAUCUCCAGCUACCUCGCUGUCGGACCUCCUGUCUACUUCGUGGUCACCGAAGGCCACAACUUUGAGUCAAUCCAUGGACAGAACCAAGUCUGCGGCAGGGCUGGAUGCUACGACACCUCUCUUGUAAAAACCCUGAAACGGACCAUUGCCAGCAAAGAUCACCGUCUCUCGCUUCCCUUGAUGUCGUGGAUAGACGACUUCACCCUCUGGAGCAAGAACCCGUCGUGUUGUGGGGUGCGGAAUUCCCAGCAGAACCUCACCUUCUGCGACGCCACGGUCGAGGAGGAUUGCAAAAAGUGCCCCCUCAUUAAUGACCGUCUCUCGGGCGAACCCUUCAACCAACUGCUGCCCAACUUCCUGGCACGUGUGCCCGACGAGAAGUGCCCCUACGGCGGGAAGGCUCAGUACAGUUCGGCAGUCGUUCUUUCAUCGGGAAGCGGAGGGGGCGACGCGUUCGUGGUAACUUCCCACUUUGCGGCCCACCACACGGUUCUUCGCAGCACCGAGGACUUCAUCGAUGCCAUCAAGAAAGCUCGAGAAAUCGCUGAUACCUUUGGGCCACGAUGGGCCGUCGAGCACAAGGCCACUCUGCCGACUCCCAAGACUCCUGGACCACAACAAAAUUCAGUUUUUCCAUACAGUGUGUUCUACGUGUUCUACGAGCAAUACCUGAACAUCAUUUAUGAGACAGUCGUUCAGAUAUCAAUGGGCUUGUCGGCUGUGUCGAUCAUCACCUGGGUGAUGCUGGGACUCGACGUUGUGGCAACUCUGAACGUCGUGGCCGGCGUCGCCUCAAUUGUCCUCUCCGUCGCCGCCAUGAUGGCGCUCUGGGACAUCUCCCUUAAUGCCAUCUCACUGGUUAACCUUGUUGUGUGCAUUGGGAUAUCAGUGGAAUUUUGCGCUCACGUUGUCCGGGCCUUCACAAUCAGCACAAAAGCGACCCGCGUGGAACGUGCUUUGGACGCGCUUUCGGAAAUGGGCAGUUCGGUUCUUCGUGGCAUUACACUGACCAAAUUCGGUGGAAUUGUUGUACUUGGCUUUGCAAAAUCAAGACUUUUCCAGGUGUUCUACUUCAGGAUGUACCUUUGCAUGGUGCUCCUUGGCGCGGCCGUUGGAAUCAUCUUCCUCCCUGUUCAGCUGAGUUACUUCGGACCACAACUGAAUAGGGCAAUGCUUUACAAACAGAAGCGACCUGUAGGCGGGAGCAUUCGCAAGGGUUCCUAUCGCGGACCCCGGCAUGCCUAA